AUGGGAGACCUUCAGCCCCCGGACCAUAUGGAUGCUGUCAAGUUGGAACAGGAUGGUGACCUGAAUUUACAUUACCGAAAGGAACUUUUGUUGGGUAAUCUUAAACAUCAUGAUGAGUUCGAUUCACUCUCUAAUAAUGCUGACAAUGAUAUUAGCAAGUUGAAACAAGUCUUUUUUUUGGCAGAUAUAAAUAACGACAGUUACGUAGACGCGGAGGAAUUAAACAAAUGGAUUGUCGGAAAAGUUCAAGGUCACUUGAAAGAUUCUGACGAGGGUAAUGAGGAAAUUUUUAAUCACCUCGACACCGACCAUGAUGGUAAUGUAACUUGGACUGAGUUUAACAUCCAUUUCCUAUUGGCUAAGGGCUAUAGCCUGGAAAAAGCAGUCAGAUUAUCGAGUAGCAGUAGGGGUGGUGUCGAUGAUGAUAAAGAAAGCCUAAUCAGGUACAGAUUUAGGUGGGUGGAUGCGGACGAGGAAGGCGAAUUCGGGGCUCUCAAUCUUCGGGAGCUGAUCAACUUUCGACACCCUGAACAAAGUCCUUUGAUGAUUCAAAAGAUGGCACUUGAUUUGCUAGAGAAAUUCGACAUGGACGAGGACGGCGUCAUAACGGAGUACGAAUUCGUGAACCCCACCUACAGGUUCCAGCCUGAGGAACUCGACGAGGAGACCAAGAAACAGCGAUCACUUGAAUUCAAAAAUUCCAUCGAUCAGAAUAGGGAUGGUGUCGUCAAUUUAGAAGAACUCAAGCUCUAUGUGGAUCCGAGAAAUUUAAACAGGAUCCUAUCAGAGACACAGAAUCUCAUACUAAUGUCGGACGAAGACGGUGACGGUAGACUGAGUUUGGCCGAGGUUCUAGAAAAUUCAGAGCUAUUUUUAGGCAGUAAAAUGAUAGACGCCAGUCGGAACUUUCACGACGAGUUUUGA